CAGCAGACAACUGUGCUUGGUGGUGAAAUGCCAGAGAGCUCUGUUAUGGGUAGCUUCUGGGGUAAAAGUCCACUAUACCAGAGCACUCCUGCUUUUGAGAUAGGCAAGACUGCAGCUACAAGCUUGAUGACUUCAAAGUUUGAUGAACAGGAUUUGACUGCUGGUGCUACCAACAUGGUGACACCACGUGUGCAUCGUCCUCUUGUGGAUGUUCAACGUACAGUUAUUUUCAGAGACUUCUGCUGCCUUGGUGUAUCUGAGAAAACCUGGUUUCCAAUAACUAACAAGUCAGCGUAUGGACUUGUUUGCCGACUGCAAGUGCUUCAAGUAGUGCAUAACAACAGACCCAGCAAAUUAGAUAUCUACAGCCCCUUUGAGCUCAAAUCAAAAAUUUCCAUUGCUCCAGAAGCAAGUGAAGAUAUUCCGGUACUGUUUGUACCAAAAUGUCCAGGGGAGCAUGUUGCCCAUGUAGAAGUGCUAGCACAGUCGUUGAAUCCUGCAUUUGCACCUACAUGUACCAUCAUUCAGCUUCGAGCUACUGCUGAGGCACCAAGCAUACAGAUUUCACCACCUGUUGAAGUGCUGGAAUUUGGAGAAGUAAUGUGGGGCACCUGUCAGACCAGGUCAAUCAAGUUGCGCAACUUAAAACGUGCUUCUCUUCCUGUCAGAUUGUCUAUAUGGUCGUCAGACUCUGUGUGGCACUGCUUCACUUUUGACAACUCUGCAAAUUCUAGUGACAUCUCCAUCAUCUCACUGUCUACCCGGCCUGAGGCCUUGGGGCGGAAUAUUUUUACUGUUCAGGUGCCUGGCUGUGAGAAUGAAGGGGUAGGUCAAGUAAUAGAGAUUCGUCUUUACUGCAAACCUCCCACUAAGGAGAAGAACAGAGCUUUAGCUGAGCGACCAGCAGAGAAGAUAGGAGCAAAGGUGCUUGUGGAGGUGGACACACCUGUGCAAUAUCUUCCAGCCCUGGGUACACUGACCUUGCAAGCAAUCAUUGGCAUGCCACACCUGCUCAUUCCACCUACACACAUGUCACUGAAGUUCAAGACAGAGCCUGAAAGAACCAUCCAGGAGACCAUUUGUCUGAACAAUGCAGGAAACAUAUCCAUGGAGCUUGCUUUAGGGGUGACCAUCUUCCCAGACUGCUUUCAGGUCAAGCCUAGGCAUGUUGCCAUCAAACCUCGAUCGAAAGCAGAUGUCAUUGUGACUUUUUCUCCACUAGAGAAGGAUGUCAAUAAAUAUCAGAGUCUCUUGCUGCUGGACAUAGAGCCAGAGGGUCCAUCUUAUGAACUGCCCAUGGAAGCCCGUGUUGUGCAGCCAGUCCACAGACAGCGAACGUCUCCUAGCAUCCUGUCCAGUAGUUCAUUCCUAUCUUUUAAUGGUGUUGCCCUAAACCAAACAAAAAGCCUGACACUGAGGCUACUGAACAACGAUUCUCAGAGGACAGAGCAUGUUCUCUUAGAAAUUAGAGGAGCCACAGAUUGCUUCAAGCUGGUGACUCCCACAGGAGAGUGGCAGCAGAGAAGUGAGUUGUUGAUUUGUCCAAAGCAGAAGCAGGUCGUUACAGUCAUGUUCUGUCCAUCAGCUGUCAGAGGCUAUUCUAGCAAACUGCUGAUCAGGAUUCGUGAUUCAGGCUCAUCCAAGUAUUCUAUUCCCCUUGCUGGCUAUGGUGGGCGCAGUGUGUUGACCUUGUCAGGGGCCUGCUUAACCAAUUACAAUCAGAGAUGGCUAGAGCUUGGGCCAUUGAGUGUGGGUCACAACAUCAUGCAAGAUAUUGUAUUGACCAACUCCGGGGUUCGAGCAGCAUUUAUAAAAGCUUCAUCUUUUUAUGAUAUGGCUUGCAGAGAACCAGUGAUACCAGGACGAGUAGCUGUGGAGCCCAACAACAUAGUUCUGGCACCUGGAAGUUCAGUGAAAGUAAUGGUGGCUAUAAGCCCAUCAAAGCGGGAGCGGGACAUGGUUAAAGAGAGAAAGGAAAUGAUUGCAGUGGUUCGCUUUCAACAUGGGGACGAAGUCAUGAGGCAAAAAUAUCAGAAAGUGUUGGCCCAUGAUGGAAGGGAUGAUUUGAACUCCUGGCAAGCCAGCUUUGCUCAACAGUUUGCUAAUGAGUCAAUGGAGUCCAUUAUAAAAGAAGGUUGCACCAUCCCUGAAAGUCCGGAUGAUGGCCCAGCGUUCUUGCACCAUCUUAGUACCCAGAUAGUGGCUUUGCUGGCAGAGCCCCACCCUGAACGAGAUGUGCUGAUGGAGCCAGUGCAUGUCCUACACUCGCAGAGACUGCCGAAACCUUCAUCUGGAUCUUCUGAAGGGAUAGAGUCUGUGGUCAGCAGGGAUACGUUGAAGCAAUAUGACCCAUCUGGACAGUUUCUCAUUCCAAAUAAACCCAAUGAUGUGGAUACAGAGUGGAUAGUAAAGCCAGAUUUCCUUACUCUAACAGUUGGAGAAAGCAACCAGAAAAUGCUUCAGCUACUUAAUUUUUCAAGGUCAAAUUUGAGGUUUGAGCUGUCGUGGCCUUCCAACUCUGUGGUACCGGAACCUCAGAAAGGGGAAGUAAAACCCAGGUCAAGUGUCUCUAUUGAAGUUUGGUUGCACAUGGCAUGGCAGAAACGAAUAACAGAGUUGCCUUGGCACGGGAACCUAACUGUCAUAUGCAAUGGGAAGCAGAAGCUUGUUAAAGUGCACAUCAAAAAUGCAGCACUUAAGCCUCCCCUGGCAGUUGUUUCUCCAACAUCUCUGGAGUCUAUGAGUACGGUGUCAAAGUUAUUACCUGUAGAUGCACAUUUGAGUGCUUCCAGCCAGAGCCUACAGAUUACCUCCACAAACAUCAACUUCCCAUGUGCAAGAGUCAACGAGUCACUGGAGAGUGUCAUUGAGCUGACCAACAUAUCAUCAGACCCUGUUCACUGGAAGAUACAAGCUUUUGCACCUGCUUAUGUGAAGGGAGCUGAUGAGAACAACACAGUACAACGAGUUGGUUACAGCGUUUUCCAAAUUAUUCCAAUCAGUGGUGAUCUCUUGCCACAUGAGUCCUCAAAGGUGCCUAUAAAAUUCUGCCCCAAGACUAGAGGAACAUACAACCAACACUGGGAAAUAGAAUACCAGCCCCUGGUUGGUGGGAAAUCUGUGCCUGUUGUAACAACCACAAAAAUCUUUAUCACAGCAGAGGCUAGCAGCACAGAGAAUCCAGUGACAGCAAAACAGAUUUCGGGAAAGGGCAGCUUAGAGAUAGACAAGCCCCAACAAAGAGCACCUCUGCAGGAGAAGCAGCACAAUACCAUGCGCUCAGCAGGGGAACAUCACCAUACAACAGUGCAAGAUCUUCUUCUUUUAAAUCCAGAAGUGAAGUUCUGUGACACAGUAGUAGGCAAAGUCACACAGGUCAAGGUUGAGUUUAAGAACAGCUAUGACACCAACAUUCAGCUUGGAAACUCAGGCUCCAAAGUCUCCUUUCUUCGUCAAGCAUUUAAAUUUUGGCAUAACGAGACGGCGUUUUCUCAAAUAUCCAAUUGAGUUCCAUCCAUCAGCACCAGGGGAUUUUGAGGAUACUGUUGUUUUCCGUGCCCCACAACUAAAUAAAACAUUUGCUGUCCAUCUCAUGGGGAGAGGAAAAGAAGAAAAAUAUUCUACAUAAUAAGUUUUCUAUUUUAUUCUUUACUUGAAAGCAGUUAAUCUAUUUGGCACUGAUAAUAAGUUAAAACAAAUCAGAACUUUUAGAAGACAAAAAAGAAAAAGAGGAAAGAACGAAAAAAAUUCAAGUAAAAAUAACAUUGUGCCUUUGAGAGGACUUCUUUGAUGUGUUCUUAGCCCUGCCUUUGUGUUUGGUAUGCUUUGAAGGAAAUAGGCAGAUAACCUUAGAGAGGGAAAAAGAAUUGUUGUCAGGCUGCUUUCAAACUGAUGUUCGCUCAGCAUAGACAAUACCAAAAAUGUAAGAGUGAAGUGAAUUUAACAGUGCCACAGGUAGAAAGCUGUCAUAUGCAGAAGAUUCAUAUCCUACCAGAUGAAAUGACAAAAUAACCAACAGGUUUUUUUGGGGGUUUUUUGUGGCUUUUUAUAUGUCAGAGUUAAUAGUUACCACUGAUCUUUGCUUUUUUACAAAAUUUCUUUGUUACCACUCCUUUUGUUAAAAGACUAUUAAAAAGCCACAGGAUUUUUUUCACCAUAAUGCAGCCUUUCCACCUUUGGACAGAAUUUGAAGCUGAUAUGUUUGCAGCCAUUUAUUCUAGAGCUGGUAGCAGGGAACAGACAAUGAGGGAUUUUUUAUUGAGUGUAGUGGAAAAGUGGGUGUGUCAUAUUUAUAGAUUUCGUUUACUUUUGUUUGUAUACAUUUUUUCCUGUAAAUCUUAAAUGAGUGCAGACUAGCUUUUAUUUAGUUUUUGUUUGUUUUUGUUGUUACUUUUUUGGAGUGGGGUUUUUAAAAUGUCUCAAGAGAAACUGUGGUACUAGUGAAAUCUGACAUGUGCAGAACUUCCUGGACACAAGAUGGUAAACUUAUUGAAAACAGUGCAGUUAGACUGAACAAACCAGUCCAUCCUCUGCACUGUACUUGGGAGAAUGUGUUGUUGGUGACUGUGUACUGGCCACUGUGAAAAAUGGCAACAAGUUUGCUAUUAUGUUGGGUUGGGGAACCACAGCUUUUCUUACUGUGAUAUUUGCCAGGUGCCUAGAGAAAGCCUGUGAUGUGUGAAAAAAAAAUUUCUCAAACUAUGACUUGCAUCUGCAACUUUAAGUAUCAGAUAUUUCACUAUUGAUUAUAAUUUGUGUAAAUUGUAAGCACUAAUGGUGGCUGCUUCUUUCAUGAUUUUCUUUUCAAACCACACACUUAGUUGUAAAUAUUCUUCAUAGCAUAAAGAACUAAACAUGAUAUAAAGCUUUUAUGAGUAGUAUACUUGUAAAUAAUGCAUACUUAUUUAUCAGUACACAGUUUUCUUUCAAAAUGAUUGUGUUUAAUUCCUCAUGUACUGCAAACUCUCAAAAAACCUGAGCAGGUAAGCAUGGCAAUUCUAUCUCAUGCUUAGAACAGUUAAAACAAGGACUUCAUUGUUUUGUUUUGAUGUUUCUAAUUCUCAACACUGCCACCAGCAGACAAUUAGGCUUUUCACAUGCUACAGUCAUCUCAAAGCAAUUAUUUGCUUUGAUUUGAAUCUUUAUAUCUGUAAAUGGUACAGAUCAUAAACAAUUUGGUUAGUGUUGGUCACAUACAUGCAGUGGCACAAUUUUAAUCCUUUUAACGGAACAAUUUCUUGCAUUCUUGCAGUGGUUUGUUUCAUCUAUUAUGCAUCCCCUUUUUUCACCUUUUAAAUAAGGAUAGUUUUGUUUUUUUUUUAACUUUGUGGUAUUUUGAAAAGUUUAUAGGCUUGGUCCAUUUUACAGCAGAAUAUGCAUGGCAGAUUCUUGUGCUUUACAGCAGCACCAUGCUGAUAAAGUAAACAUCAAAAAUGGACAUAUUCCUGUACAUUACAUUUGGAGUAUUUGCAGUGUGGAUGCCUGUGCAUUUAAAAUAUAACCAUGCUAAAAAAAUCUCAUGCCUUUAGCACCAAAUGUGCUCUCUACAUUUCUUGGGUCAUGGCAUCAUUCACCACACGUGCUACCUCAUGUUUGCGCAAUUGUUAAAAUGCUGUCUAGAAAGGGCCAUUUCUUGUUUGGAUGGUUACCUAUACAGAAAAGAGAAACUGCUCUUUCUAGCCUUUAAACUUGUAGCACAAGUAAUUUUGUCACCUUUUAGUUCAGUCAUGCUUGUUGCAGCAGUUGUCUUGUCAUCUCCAUUGGCAUGCUGAGGAGCACUUUUGCUCCUACUACUCCACUGCCAUAUAAUUUAUUCCCUUUUUUUUUCCCCCAAGUGUAUAUAUAGCAUAUGUGCAUUUUCAGCUUGUAUUGAGCUUUUUAUAUGCAUUGUGGAUGUGAAUAAACAGUCUUCCCAGCAUUUGGAGUCUGACUGUAAUGAUCAGGGGAAUUCAUUAAUCUCUUAUCCUUUGUUUCUUUUCUCUGUGCACCAUCUUCCACUUUGAAAAUAGAGCUAAGGUGCUAGAAUGGUGAUUGUUGUAAAUGUGUGUCAUUUUGUUACUGGCACUUUGAUUAAAGGUCCUUUUAAACUAAAAA